AGAAUCGCUAAUAAAUAAUAAUCCCAGAAUAUUGUGCAUAUGUGUUUUUCCUUGUGAAGUUUAAUGUCUAUAGUGUUUAUGCUCUUUAAUUGUUCUAAUAGCUUUAUGUCUCUAUAGUAAAAUACAUUUUAUAUAUUGCAAUACACCAUAGUCUAUACUGAUUUAAAAUAAAACAAUUGUUAAUUCGUAAUAAAAUAUUUAUUAAUUUUUAAUUAUUAUUCUACCUCUUCAGAUUAUCUCAUAGUUCUGAAUCGUGUACACCCAGACAAAAUAAUCCAUCUAUAAUGGUUGAUUAUAGCAAGUGGAAGAAUAUUGAAGUGUCCGACGAUGAAGAUGAAACCCACCCUAACAUUGACACACCGUCAUUGUUUCGUUGGAGGCAUCAGGCCCGUGUCGAACGCAUGGAGGAUAUUAAACGUGAACAACAAGAAUUGGAAAUUAAGAAGAAAACUUUUCAAGAAAAGUAUGAACAAACUAAGAAUCAACUUUUGGCAGCUGAACAAGAAGGACAAAAUAAAAAAGAACUUGAAGAAGCAUUAAGUGCAUUAAGUGUUGAAGAACAAGAAUUAAAAAAACGAGAAGAAGAGUUCAAAGUUAAAGAAAAGGUAAUGCCAUGGAAUGUUGAUACUAUAAGUAAACCAGGUUUUACAAAGACGAUUCUGAACACCCCUAAACCUCCACCAACCGAAGAAAAUAUGACUGAAGAAGAAAAAGCCAAACGAUUAGAAACAUUUAUUAAUGAAAAUAAGAGUAAAUUGAAAGUAUUUGGUAUGUUCAAAAAAUAUAAAGACAGUCAAGAAUAUUUGCAAAAAAAUCCUCAACUUGUAUGCGAAGACACGGCAAAUUAUUUGGUUAUUUGGUGUAUUGAUUUACAAAUGGAGGGCAAAUCGGAUCUAAUGGAACAUGUAGCACAUCAAACAAUUUGUAUGCAAUAUAUUUUGGAACUGUCCAGACAACUAAAUAUUGAUCCAAGAGCAUGCGUACCAUCCUUUUUUUCAAGAAUACAAUUAGCUGAGAAACAGUACAAAGAUUCUUUCGAAGAUGAACUUAACAUGUUUAAAGAUCGUAUCCGAAAAAGAGCCGAGGAAAAGUUACGUAUAGCUCAAGCUGAAAUAGAAGAAGAAGAACGAAAAGCAAGAAUAGGACCAGGUGGUCUUGAUCCAGUUGAAGUUUUUGAGAGUCUUCCAGAUGAGUUGAAAAAAUGUUUCGAAUCGCAAGAUAUUCAGUUGCUGCAAGAUACGAUUAAAAACAUGAACCAAGAAGAUGCUACUUAUUACAUGAAGCGCUGUGUAGAUUCUGGAUUAUGGGUACCCGACGCCAAUAAAGAUAAGAGCAGUGCUGAAGACGAUGAUAAAACACAAGAAGAAAAUAUUUAUUCUGAGAUAAAUAGCUCAUAAAAUAAUCUUAUAUUAUCCUAUACAUUGAAUAACUUAUAAUUAUUAGAUUGUAAUAAUUUUUCUGGUUCUAAAUUUAUCUGUUUUACAUAUGACAAAAUAUGAAAUACUUUUGGU